GGUCAAAGUGUUUUGUUAAGCUUGUAGCUGACUGCUGUAAUAUAUUUUUUAAAGUAUUUUAACAGCCAACCUGAACGCGAUCGAUAAUAGGGACAAACCACGACAAAUGCACUUCACUGUGUUCGUGUGACAUUGACCUACUAACUUGAUUUAUAUUACGUAGCACACACACACACAAAGGAAUAUUUCGUUUCAUGAGAACCUCGCCGUAAGCUUCUCUGUGUUCAACUGUAUAACGUAAACUUGGCGCUACUGUGCACUGAAAUAUGUCUGCCGUACGGUGAAAACGAAAGUGAAAGUAAAACUGCAAGUCUUAACUGGCCUAUAUAUUUUCAAAUAAAGAAAUUCUGUCGAACAUUGCAAAAUCACAAUCUAAUCAUCACAAGCAGAGAUUUGACUUUACGUUGAUUCACGUUACUUGUGACAUUUAGUCAUUCAUGUUUGGACUCCUAAUUUUGUCCCUUCACUCAGUAAUGAGUUUGGGCCAUGCUUUGCAGUGUUUAGAUUCCAAGGGAAAUCCUGUAGAUUGGUACUUUGUAUACAAAGCACCUCAAUUAGCGAAACAUGCUGAUCACAAGUUUAAAACUGGCCAGGGAUUUUUCUACCUUGACAAGGAAAACACAAGUUGGACGUUGUCCACUGCAACCAUCGCAGCUAAGAACACAGCCAUUACUAACACACUAUUACAAGUUUAUGCUAAUAAAACUUCCAUGAUGUAUAUGUUUUACAACGACCAGUCGCCACCUAUGAACAUUUCAGAAACUGUUAAAGGUCAUACAAAAGGAGUUGUCGCCUUUGAUCAAACUUCUGGUUUCUGGAUGAUACACAGUGCUCCAGAGUACCCACCAAGAAAGGCCAAUGGCUACCAAUGGAAGCUAAGCGCUUCAAAGUUUGGCCAGAAUUUUCUGUGUGUUAGCUUUCCUCUGGCACAGUUAGAUGUAAUAGGACAUCAACUGUAUUACUACCAACCUCACGUGUAUGAUCACUAUUUCCCGCAAGAUUUUGUAGCAAGAUUUCCAAUACUGGACGCCAUUAUUAAAGGUGGUCCCGUGAAAGGUCCUCCUUGGUUCAACCUCACCUCUGUGACGUCACUGCGGGGGCAGAGUUUUCUAAGUUUUGCUAAAUCAGACAAUUUUGGCGAUGAUCUUUAUGAUGCUCUAGUGGCGCCAAAGCUGCAGCAAGAUCUCAUGGUCGAGUCAUGGAUGAACGGGCCUGGGGAAUCCCUACCAUCUACUUGCUCUUUAAAAUACAAGGUUUACGACAUUGACCAAGUUUCUUUGAGGGAGGAUGUGAAAUUCAAUGAAACAAUAGAUCAUUCCAAGUGGGCCAUUUCAAAGGAGUCUCCCAGCUACUGGACGUGCGCCAGUGACAUCAACAGAAAGUCUACUCAGUUUAAAAGAGCGGGAGGAUGUCUGUGUUUAAAGGAUCAGCGUGUGUGGACAUCAUUCAACAACAUCAUAGCACACUAUCAACCCUGUCCAUGAUUAGUGUAGAGUUGAAAGAAAUAUCUUUAAAACGCAAUGGUGCACAAUAUCAGACAGCUGCUGACAAAUUGGAUGCAUCAAUAUUUUGUAACCUUUUAUUCAUAAUUAGAUUAUACGUCAAAUAUGGAUGUCAAAAGUAUUUUUAAAAAGGAAUAUAUUUAAUAAGAUAAUAAUAAUGCGAAUGUUUUCGUGCAUGACAAGAGUACAGUAUUUCUGGUGGGUAUGCAGACCCAUCUGUGACCUACAUAUUUUAGCACGUCAUGUACAAAAGGUACAAAAGAGGAUUUUAGCAAGCAUCUUCGUGUUUAAUAGAACUCUCCCAUAUCGCUUCCAGCCUCAUUGGUCAGGUGACUUCGUGGUGUUCCGCGAAAAAAAAGAGUUCAAUCCUAUCACUUCUAGAUUGAACUUUGACAUGUCACCCAUAACAAAAGUGGUGUAUUUAAUGAGUAAACUCGCUGGUCAUUCAAGGAAAAAUGAGAGAAAAAUAUGUCGUUACUUUUGGAAGGUGUCCUAGCUCUCAGACCUUGGAAAUUGGUGUCCUAAAAGACCUUGGAAAUUGGUGUCCUAAAAGACUUCGACAGGUGGUGUCCUAACUCUCAGACUUUAUCUCAGACUUAAACUUUUUUUGUUGACCUGGCGUUAAUUGAUGUUGUUCUGAUUAUUCAUUUGAAAAUUAAUUUAAAUGUUAUAUUUACAUCAUUGUAUUAUAUAGAAAUUUGACGUUAGCACGUGUGAUUUACACUCUCAACCAAAUGAACAGUCUUUUGGUUUAAGUAUAAACUGUUGUUUUGUUCCUUUCCCUAAUCUCUUGUAUAUUUUACAUUUUUUAUUUGUU